AUGGCCGACUCCGGGAAGAUCACUAUCUGCAUUGACCGCGGGGGAACCUUUACCGAUGUCCAUGCAAUUGUUCCUGGUCGCUCAGACAUUAUUAUCAAGCUCCUUUCCGUCGAUCCAUCACAUUAUCAAGAUGCCCCUACGGAGGGCAUCCGACAGAUCCUUGAGCUUGCAACGGGCGAGUCACAUCCUCGUGGACGCCCGCUGAAGCUCGAUCGCAUCGGUUGUCUUCGAAUGGGUACCACCGUGGCAACCAAUGCGUUGCUUGAGCGCAAGGGAGCCCGAUCAGCAUUGUUUACGACCAAGGGAUUCCGGGACCUGCUCAAGAUUGGUGACCAGUCCCGGCCAGCCAUCUUCGAUCUCUCUGCGGCAAGACCUGGCGUGCUGCCCGAGAGUGUGGUCGAGGUAAAUGAGCGAGUGGUUCCUUGCCAUCCUUCUGCAGACAAGGAAUGCUUCUCCGGAGCCCGCGAAGUGGAAGGCAUCACAGGCGAGAAGUUCCGAGUGGUUCAGGAAUUGGAUCUUGACCAGGUCCGAUCAGAGCUCCUCUGCCUGAAAGAACAAGGCUACCAGUCCCUUUCGGUGGCCCUUGUACACUCUUUCGCCUAUCCUGAACAUGAGCGCCAGAUUGGAGAACUGGCCGAGCAGAUGGGAUUCUCUGUCACGCUUUCCUCAAAGCUGCAGCCAAUGAUCAAAAUCGUGCCUCGUGGCAUGUCGGCUGCCGCCGACGCCUAUCUCACCCCCGUCAUCAAGACUUAUAUCGACUCCAUCUCUGCCAGCUUUGAAGGCGGCCUGGAAAAGCAACAGGAAUGCCGAUUUGAAUUUAUGCAGUCAGACGGUGGUCUCGUGGACUUCCGCAAGUUUAGCGGGUUGAAAGCCAUCCUUUCCGGUCCAGCUGCUGGCGUCGUAGGAUUUGCUGCCACCAGUUGGGAUCCCAUCGAGAAGACACCGGUGAUCGGAUUUGACAUGGGCGGUACAUCUACCGAUGUUUCACGUUUUGAUGGUCACUUGGAGCACGUUUUCGGAUCCAAGGUUGCUGGCGUUCUCAUUCAGUCUCCACAGCUUGAUAUCAACACUGUUGCUGCCGGCGGUGGCUCUAUUCUGACAUGGCGCAACGGCCUAUUUUAUGUUGGCCCUGAAUCAGCUAGCGCGCAUCCCGGCCCAGCCUGCUAUCGGAAAGGAGGCCCUUUGACUGUGACGGAUGCCAAUUUGUUCCUCGGUCGGUUGCUUCCCGAGUAUUUCCCUCACAUUUUCGGGCCCAAUGAGGAUCAACCCCUGGAUACUGAGAUCACUGCGCAAAAGUUCCAUGAUUUGACACAAAAGAUCAAUGCCGAGCGCCGGCAGAAUUCCCAGCCAGAAUACACUUCAGAGGAAAUUGCCCUUGGAUUCCUCAAGGUUGCUGAUGAGUCUAUGGCCCGCCCCAUCCGCAACUUGACCGAGGCCCGUGGCUUUGAAACUGCCUCUCACCACCUAGCCUGCUUUGGAGGAGCCGGUGGCCAACAUGCUUGCUCCGUGGCUGCUUCACUGGGCAUCUCACGUAUCAUUAUCCACAAAUACUCUUCGGUCUUGUCGGCAUACGGCCUAGCACUUGCAGAAGUAGUCAAGGAAUCUCAGGAGCCGGUCUCCUCUGAUUACCUUUCUUCUCAUCCUAGCCUUCUCCAGCGCUUCGAUGAUAUGGCUUCUGCUGCAACAAAAGAAAUGCAGGAACAAGGGUUCCCUUCCAAUCAAGUGCAUCAUGAGCAAUACUUGAACAUGCGCUACGAGGGAUCCGAUACUAGUUUGAUGAUCUUGCGACCGGAGUCUUCGUCUGAUUUCUUGGAUGAGUUCCGCGAGCGCCACCGCCGCGAGUUCAACUUCAACUCGGACCGACCUAUCCUUGUUGAUGAUAUUCGCGUUCGUACGAUUGCAUCUUCCAAGGUUCGCACGGAGCGCAGCCCCCUGGUUCAAUUGAAGGAUGCAAACAUGAAGGACGUUACGACCGGAGCCGCCAACACGACUGCAGCCUAUUUCGAUGGUUAUUCCACGCGCAUCGACACCCCUGUGUACUUGCUCGACAAACUAGAGAAGCACAGCCGCAUCGCAGGCCCUGCUGUCAUUAUUGAUCAAACUCAAACGAUUGUCGUCGCCCCCAAUGCCGUCGCGAACCUACUCGAAACAUGCAUUGUAAUUGAUCUGAAGGACAAGCCAAGCGUCUCUCCUUCCGAGACACAAUUCACCACCGAGAUCGAUCCUAUCCGGCUCAGUAUAUUUGGUCACAGAUUCAUGUCUAUUGCCGAGCAGAUGGGUCGCACUCUGCAAAAGACCUCUGUGUCAACCAAUAUCAAGGAGCGACUGGACUUUUCCUGCGCUCUUUUCUCCCCAGAUGGUGGGCUUGUUGCCAAUGCUCCACACGUCCCAGUGCAUCUGGGAUCGAUGCAGUUCGCUGUGCGUUACCAGCAUGAAAAGUGGCUAGGCAAUUUGAAGGAUGGCGAUGUGCUUGUGGCCAACCACCCUAGCUGUGGUGGUACUCACCUGCCUGAUAUCACUGUGAUUACGCCCGUCUUUGAUCGUCCUGGAGGCACCGAGAUCAUGUUCUACGUUGCCUCGCGUGGCCACCACGCUGAUAUUGGUGGUAUUCUACCCGGGUCCAUGCCUCCCAAAUCGACAGAGCUUUGGCAGGAGGGUGCCGCUAUCGAGGGUGACAAGAUCGUUAGUAAUGGUGUUCUUGACGAGGCCCGUUUGAUCGAACUACUUGUCACGAAGCCGUCCCAGUAUCCCGGCUGUUCUGGCGCACGCUGCAUUAGUGACAACAUGUCCGACCUCAAGGCACAGAUUGCCGCCAACACUCGCGGUAUAACUUUGAUCCAGAGCCUAUUUGCGGAGUAUGGUGUGGAGACUGUUCAAAAAUACAUGUAUGCCAUCCAGGCGACCGCUGAGACUGCCGUACGAAACCUCCUCAAGGGGUUGUAUCAGAAGUUUGGCGGGAAGCCUCUCGAGGCUGUUGAUUACAUGGACGAUGGCACCCCUAUCCACCUGAAGGUGACGAUUGAUGGCUCGAAUGGUUCUGCUGUCUUCGACUUUGAUGGUACUGGACCUGAGGUGUACGGCAGUUGGAAUGCACCCAUUGCAAUCACUCACUCGGCAAUCAUCUAUUGUCUGCGAUGCAUGAUCAAUGCGGACGUUCCCCUCAAUCAGGGGUGUCUAGCUCCAAUUGAUAUCAGAGUUCCUUCGCCCAGCAUCUUGUCGCCCACAAAGACAGCUGCUGUUGUGGGUGGAAACGUGGUCACGUCACAGCGCAUCACCGAUGUCGUUUUCAAAGCUUUCCAGGCCUGUGCUGCCUCUCAGGGUUGCUGCAACAAUCUGACCUUUGGCACCAACCCCAAGAUUGAUCCCCAGACUGGAGCUAUUAUCACUCCUGGCUUUGGGUAUUACGAGACUAUUGCUGGUGGUAGCGGUGCCGGUCCGACCUGGAAGGGCGAGUCUGGCGUCCACGUCCAUAUGACCAACACGCGAAUUACUGAUCCCGAAAUCCUUGAGAAGCGCUACCCAACCCUUCUUCGUCAAUUCACCCUGCGAGAAGGCUCCGGUGGCCAAGGCAAGAACCCAGGCGGUGAAGGUGUGGUGCGUGACAUCGAAUUCCUUGCUCCAAUGCAAGUUUCGAUUCUGUCAGAGCGACGUGUUCACAGACCUUAUGGUCUAGAAGGAGGCGAGCAUGCUCAACCAGGCCUGAACUUGUGGAUUACUCGGGAUGCAGAGACUGGCGAAGAGCGCCAGAUCAAUAUUGGAGGCAAGAACACUGUGUCGGUCAAGACACACGACCGGGUUGUCAUUAUGACCGCCGGUGGAGGUGGAUGGGGCGCCCAGGAGACUGCUGCGUAA